GGUUAUGAUGUGUGGAUGGGGAAUAGCCGGGGCAACACCUGGUCCAAGAAACACUUGAAAUUCUCAACCAAAUCUCAAGAAUACUGGGCCUUCAGCAUGGACGAGAUGGCUGGCUGUGACCUUCCAGCCACAAUCGAUUUUAUCAUAGAGAAAACUGGGCAAGAGUGACUCUAUUAUGUGGGCCACUCACAAGGCACGACCAUCACCUUCAUAGCAUUCUCUACCAAUCCAGAGCUGGAUAAAAGGAUUAAUAUAUUUUUUGCAUUGGUUCCAGUCAUCAUGGUGAAAUACACCCAAAGUCCUAUGAAAAAAUUCAAAACUCUUUCCAGAGAAGUAGUCAAGGCACUAUUUGGUGACAAGAUGUUCUACCCUCAUAUGUUUUUUGACCAAUUCAUUGCCACCAAGGUGUGCAACCAGAAGCUAUUUCGUCAUAUUUGCAGCAACUUCCUGUUUACUUUGAGUGGAUUUGACCCGAAAAACUUAAACAUGAGUCGCUUGGAUGUUUACUUGGCACAGAGCUCCGCGGGCAUGUCUGUUCAGAAUAUGCUGCCCUGGGCCCAGGCUGCUAAUUCUGGUCUGUUCCAAGCUUUUGAUUGGAGAAAUGCUGAUCAGAACCUGAGGCACUUCCACCAGCUUACACCUUCCUUAUAUGACGUCACAAAGAUGGAGGUACCAACGGCUGUGUGGAGUGGAGGACAUGACUGUGUGGCUGAUCUCAAAGAUGUUGAGAAUUUACUCCCUAAGAUUACCAGGCUUAUUUACUACAAGUUGAUCUCACACUACAAUCAUGUGGAUUUUUACCUCGGACAGGACGCACCCAAGGAAAUUUACCAAGACCCUAUUAGACUGAUGGACGAAUGUUUGGAAAAGUAA